CUGAAUUUGACGCCUGCGCCUGCGCCUGCUCCGCUGAGGCGCUCGCUCUGGAAGGGGUGGGUCGGGGAGGCGCGGAAUCGUUGGGGGCGCGUGGCCCGGGGCGGAGCUUUCAUCGCGCAGGCGCGUCCCAACCGCGUCUGCCUUGGCUGGUGACUGUGAGGAUGAAAAGGCGGGCGGUUUGCAGGGAAUCUCGGCAAGGCACCUUAGUCCCGGUGCAGCCAGAAAUGACAGGUGGAUUUCUUAUGGAAAUUUGUGUGGAUUCAGUGGAGUCGGCCAUAAAUGCAGAGAGAGGAGGUGCUGGUCGAAUUGAAUUGUGUUCUGGUUUGCUGGAGGGAGGAACUACACCCAGCAUGGGUAUGCUACAAGUAGUUAAGCAAUGUGUCCAGAUCCCUGUCUUUGUGAUGAUCCGGCCACGUGGAGGGGAUUUCUUAUAUUCAGACCGUGAAGUAGAGGUCAUGAAAGCAGACAUCCGUCUUGCCAAGCUUUAUGGAGCUGAUGGGUUGGUAUUAGGGGCAUUGACUGAAGAUGGACAUAUUGACACCGAGCUCUGCAUGGCACUUUUAUCUACUUGCCGUCCCCUGCCAGUCACAUUCCACCGAGCCUUUGAUAUGGUUCAGAACCCAGAGGUGGCUUUGGAAACCCUUUUGACCUUGGGAUUUGACCGUGUGUUGACCAGUGGAUGUGACAGCUCAGCACUAGAAGGAUUGCCUAUGAUAAAACAACUUGUAGAACAGGCAAAAGGCAAGAUUGUGAUAAUGCCAGGGGGCGGCAUAACCGAGAGAAACCUGCAGAGGAUCCUUGAGGGCUCGGGCGCCACUGAGUUCCACUGCUCUGCUCGCUCCGCCAAGGACUCGGGCAUGAAAUUCCGAAAUACCUCUGUUGCCAUGGGAGCCUCCCUUUCCAACUCAGAAUAUUCCUCGAAGGUAACAGAUGUGGCCAAAGUAAGGACCUUGUGUGCCAUCGCCAAGAGCUUCCUGUAGGACCCGCAGAAGCCCUGGGAGAGAAGUGCCCGAGCCAGGAUCAAGAUUCAGGAAAGCCUGAUGUCCGAGGCUGUUGGACCCAGAUAGCACAGCUUUCCCCUUCUCUGGACAGGCCAGGGAUUGACCACACGAACCAUGGAGAAUCCUUCCAGAGGAGCCACGGUUGGUCAUCUGGUUAUUCUUGCCAGCCUUCUCCAUCAUCAUGACUAAACAGAGCUGGAUUGAGACUUUGCCAGAGGCUUAUUCUGCCCAGAAAAUGAGAUUACUCGAAAGGCUGGAAAAAAUUAAAUUUGAUAUAGUCUUUGAUUUACCUUUACCAAAUAAAAUUUCUCAUUUCUGUUA